AUGGACGCUCGCGUCCCCGAUCGGGACCGCCCCGACGACGACAAUUCCCCCGCCACUUCUGAAUCUUCCUCCGACAUUGGUGACGGCGGCGCUGGGUUCCGAACAUGGAUUGCUAGUCGAGGUCGUGGUCAGAAACAGGAACCCGAUCAGAGAGAUCAAAUACAGUUUGCCGGAGGGAGCGUUCAGCUUUGCUUCUGCAGGUAA